AUCGCCUUCAUCACCAGAUAGUUCUUAACAAUUCCUUUACCGUAACUUGUGCAACAUGCGUUUCAGUGUUUAAGCCCCGCUUCCAUCGGAGAUUUUGGGGAUUCUUCGAUUCCAGUUUUUACCAGUAAAGAAGGCAACUGCUUUAACUACUGCGGAGCAUAUUAAGAAUUUUGAGUCCUAAAAUGUCUGCCUAGGAGUUCUUACUAGACUCCACUGAACCCAAGUACUGAAACGCUUCUGAUACCAACUGCUAGCGGUGAAUAUAUUCUUGCUUUGGGCUCAUUUCUGAUUUCUUAAUGCAAGCAUCUCACAACCGGCAGGCUUCAUCUAUGAUCCAUGAGAUGGAUCCAUACUAUUUAUCUCGUUUUCACGUAUUGGGAAACCACGUCUCUUCUGACGCAAGCAGCCAGGGAAACAGUGUUAACUUCUCUUCCUAUAAGGAUCAGUUCUUUACUCUGGAGUCAUUCCCGGCUACUGCUGAUUUGAGUGGCUCUAAUUCUCCUUCAGCUGGGAGUGUUCUGUCGUCUAGGAGCCCCUUCUCACCUCAGGGUUCUCAAUCAUGCUCAUCGGACCAACACCAUUCCUUUGAGAACACAUGUGGAUCACCAUUGAGUGGAUGCUCUGUAACUGAUGAUGACAACGACAUAAAGCACAAGCUGAAAGAAUUAGAAAUUUCUUUGCUGGGGCCUGAAUCUGAUAUGGUGGAUAGCUGCUACUGUUCUUUCAGGGGUGGGGCGCAUCAAGAUGCUUCAGUGGCAAGGAGGAACUGGAAUCAAGUGGUUGAAAUGAUUCCUAAACUAAAUCUUCAGGACACGCUUAUCCAUUGUGCCCAAGCGAUUCAUGAUUCUGAUCUAAACGUGGCAACACUGUUUAUGGAUGUUUUAGGGCAGAUGGUUUCCGUCUUUGGUGAUCCAGCCCAGAGAGUGGGAGCUUACUUGUUGGAAGGGCUUAGAGCGAGGUUGGAACGAUCUGGGAGUGCAAUAUACAAGGCCCUAAAGUGCAAAGAGCCAACAAGCUCUGAACUAAUGUCAUAUAUGUCUAUUCUAUUCCAGAUCUGCCCAUACUUCAAAUUUGGUUACACAUCUGCUAAUGCUGUAAUUUGGGAGGCCAUGGUCAAUGAACCCAUAAUCCACAUCAUUGAUUUUCAGAUUGCACAGGGUAGUCAGUAUAUAUCUCUCAUCCAGGAUCUUGCCAAUCGGCCUGGCGGACCCCCAGCUCUUCUUCGCAUUACGGGUGUGGAUGAUUCGCAAUCAGCUCAUGCUCGAGGAGGGGGACUACAAAUCGUGGGACAGAACUUAGCUCAGCUGGCUCAAUCAAAAGGAAUUCCUUUCCAAUUUCAUGCUGCUGCAAUGUCCGGUUGUGACGUUGAACACAGUAAUCUCAUAAUACAACCAGGAGAAGCAUUGGCUGUAAAUUUUCCAUACACCUUACACCACAUGCCAGACGAGAGCGUGAGCACACAGAAUCAUCGAGACCGGCUUCUUAGGCUGGUUAAAAGUCUCUCACCCAAAGUAGUAACCAUUAUUGAGCAGGAGUCCAACACCAACACAUCUCCAUUCCUUCUUCGUUUCAUAGAGACGCUAGAUUAUUACACUGCUAUGUUUGAGUCAAUAGAUGUAGCUCGUUCAAGAGAUGACAAGCAGAGAAUCAGGGCAGAGCAACACUGUGUGGCCCGAGACAUAGUGAACAUGGUAGCUUGUGAAGGAUUCGAAAGGGUAGAACGUCAUGAACUCCUUGGCAAGUGGAGGAUGAGAAUGAGGAUGGCUGGUUUCACUCUAUGUCCAAUGAGCUCAUCCGUAACUGGAGCUGUUAGAAAUAUGUUGAGGGAUUUCAAUGAGAACUACAGACUCCAAGAAGUUGAUGGAGCUAUCUACCUUGGAUGGAAGAACAGGGCAAUGGCAACCGCAUCUGCAUGGAGAUGAAAGCUUUAAAAAUCUGAAUCCCAUUGCUUAAUUAGUUAAUGUAAAAUUUUGCUCUCGAGCUUUCCUUUACAAGUAACUUUUAAGAGCCAUGGAGCGGUGAUAACCCACAUAGAUUUAUAGAAUGUGAGGUUAUUAAAAGCUCUUUCUGUUUGUAGGAAGGAACCCAAAUGUUGAAACCUGCUGUAAAUUUUCUAACUUUGGCGAAAGAAUUUUGUCCGCGUGUUAAA